UCGGCCGCGGCGGUUUCGGCGGCGGCGGCGGCGGCGGCCACGCGCAGCUCGGAGGAAGAGGAGGAGCGGCUGGAGCGCGAGCACUUCUGGAAGAUCAUCAAUGCCUUCCGCUACUACGGCACCAGUAUGCAUGAGCGAGUGAACCGAACAGAAAGACAGUUUCGAUCACUGCCAGAUAAUCAACAGAAACUACUUCCUCAGUUUCCUCUUCACUUGGACAAGAUCCGGAAAUGCAUUGAUCAUAAUCAAGAAAUACUACUGACCAUUGUGAAUGAUUGCAUACAUAUGUUUGAAAAUAAAGAAUAUGGAGAAGAUGGGAAUGGAAAGAUUAUGCCAGCAUCUACCUUUGACAUGGAUAAGUUAAAAUCCACAUUGAAACAGUUUGUCAGAGACUGGAGUGAAACUGGGAAAGCAGAGAGGGAUGCCUGCUACCAACCAAUUAUUAAAGAAAUUUUAAAAAAUUUUCCCAAAGAGACAUGGGUUCCUUCUAAAGUAACUAUUCUGGUACCUGGUGCUGGACUAGGAAGACUGGCCUGGGAAAUAGCUAUGCUAGGUUAUGCUUGUCAAGGAAAUGAAUGGAGUUUUUUUAUGCUCUUUUCUUCCAACUUUGUACUCAACAGAUGCUCUGAAAUUAAUAAAUAUAAACUUUAUCCCUGGAUCCAUCAAUUUAGCAAUAACCGGAGAUCAGCUGAUCAGAUUCGCCCCAUCUUUUUCCCUGACGUUGAUCCCCACAGUCUUCCUCCUGGUUCUAACUUUUCUAUGACAGCAGGAGAUUUUCAGGAGAUUUAUUCAGAAUGCAAUACUUGGGACUGUAUUGCCACCUGUUUCUUCAUAGACACAGCUCAUAAUGUAAUUGAUUAUAUUGACACAAUAUGGAAAAUACUCAAGCCCGGUGGAAUAUGGAUAAAUCUUGGUCCUCUACUGUACCAUUUUGAAAACUUGGCAAAUGAACUUUCUAUAGAAUUGAGCUAUGAGGAUAUAAAAAAUGUUGUUCUGCAAUAUGGAUUCCAGCUAGAGGUGGAAAAAGAAUCUGUGUUAUCAACAUAUACUGUGAAUGAUCUCUCUAUGAUGAAAUACUACUAUGAAUGUGUCCUGUUUGUGGUCCGUAAACCACAGUAAAGGUCUUUAGAAAGAAUAAAUGCUGAAAUAAACAAUGAAAAUCAACUAUCAGUGAUGACAGGACACAACCUCAAAUCAGCGGUGCCUUCUUAUUCCUUACAAGAUUUAGAAAUAGUGUCUAUUUUCUUAAUAAUGUCUAUUGCUUUUUUCAGAAAUAUACUAUGCCAUGCAGAUUUGUACUACACAAGUAAAAAUGGAGGAAAUGUCUUCAAGGACACUUUUCCUUGAAGCCCAUAAUUGUCUUUUAAGUAGGGAAAAACCCUAAACUCCAAUGUCUUCAUGAAGCUGUCUCUUGCAAGUCUGCCGUAUUAAUGACUGAUAGUAUUGAAGUCUAUAAUCUACUUUUUUUUAUUAUUAUUUUGUAUGCAUUGCACUCGAUAUUUUUAGAAGAGUCUAAGGAUCCUCCGUCACACUCAACAUCUGGAAUUGGGACUUUAGUUCACAUUGGACCUAAGCAAUCUAUACAUAAAAUGUGUUUCCACUCUUUGAUCAUCCAUUCAAAUUAGUUAACUUUUUUUCUAGCUCAGUUGAAUUUAGAGAUGCAUCAAACAUUUCAUUUCACUUUUAUGAAAUGCUAAUUUUACUUGUAAAAUACAUUCAGGUCAGGAAAAUAUACUCAGGUAACUGAGAAAUGAAGUUUAGCCACACUAAAACUGAACACUUUGUGGAAGCAUACUUACCAUGGACCAUUUUGAAAUGUGUGAGAUCUCAGCAUUCUAAGCAAGGUGCAAAAGCCUUUUUUCCAAGUAGUGCUAGGAAACCAGAAUAACAAGGACAAAAAUCUGCCCAUUUGAAAUUCACGAUUUCAAAACUGAAAUGAUUGAUUGUCAGUAUCAUGUUUACAAUAAUGUCUUUUUUAAAAAAGAUCUGGAUUAUGAAAGCAAGCACUUUUUUUAGUUUUAAACAGUUAUCUAAUAAAAACAGUCAUAAUGGUAUUACUGUGGAGAAUUUUGAAUAUGAAAUUCAGGGAUGAAUUACUGCCAUGGUUUAUGUCCAAUACAGUGAACAGCAGCCAUUCAUGUAAUUUCAGAUUAACAUCAGUUUUGUUCCCUGACAGAUGGAGUUUAAACAAUGUGUAUGCUGCUUUAAAUUUCUACCUCUAGCAGAUCUUUAUUUGAGGGAGGUUUUCUUGUUUUGUUUUUAAAUUUGUUUUUGAGUUUGUUACUGUUUCCAGUAGCUUGGAAAGCAAGAGAUUACUAAUAAUUUAACCUUUUCUUGGAGAAAAGAUCAUGUUGAAUAUUUUCACAGAUAAUUGUGAUUGCUUUAAGAAACUUUGGUGGCAAUUUGGAUCAGAUGGACAAUCUUAAUAAUGUGCUAGUAGUGUGUUACAUUUUAGUAGGGAUGUUUACUCACACGUUUUAUGCCCUCUGUUGUUGAUUCUGGGACUCACUGCGGGAUUGGAAUCUUUCUAGUUGAGAAAGGAGCGUGCACUUGAAGGGCCUUUGCGACCUUUCCUUACUCCCGGUACGCAGUGGAGCGCUCCAUGAGAGUGACCUGACCUCAGGUUAGGUAGAGAACCUUGCAACCUCUGUCACUGUUGCUUUUCCUUUUUCACUCUGGCUUGGUUUUUGUCCCUUUUCGUUCCUGGCAAAGUUCAUUUGGUGGGAAUUCUCAUUACUACUCUGAACGAAAUGAAAAUUGCACGGGAGGACAUACCCCGCCCCCAUUUAUUUUUUUUUUCAAGGAAAAAAAGCCUAAAAUAAAUAGAAAUACUUAAAAAUAUAUUCAUUGAAAGGCAGGGAAUGCAUGCUGUUUCUGAGUAAUUUAGAAAUGCUUUUCAAUCAGAUUAGCAUUUUUUUUACAACCUAUAUCCAAACAGAUAUUUUCUUCGUAAAGGCAAAAACAGCUUAACACUGGUGUUUGUUUUUUUAAAUGUUCCAGGUACUUCUAAGUUGUGUAUAUUUAGUUAACUCUGAAAUCACUUAUCUCAUUGGUUUAUAAUUUCUCCCUCCCAUCUUUACAUGUCCUAUACAAAUUUGCCUCACCUUUUCUCUGAGUAACUUUUGCAUUUAUAACUUGACGAUGUGGUUUCAGUAAUAGACAUGUCACUGGAAGAUUGUAUUAAGUUCAGUCCUAGCUACUAAAAUGUAUAAGCCUUAAAGUUUUUCAUUUUUCUUAAAACAGCUCUGUACACAUGCUCAUGUUUUCAUAAAGUGAUCAUUGUGCUUGCCUCUUUUAAUUUCUAUAUUCUGAAGUGGUGCAGAUUUAAGAUCCUAUGAAGCAAGCGGGGGGGGGGGCUCAGAAAAUCUACAAACAAGCUGUAUAAAUCACAGUGUGGGAUGAUGAGGUUUGGGAACUGUACUGUGCACUGUAUUUAUAUGUAAUACGCAUUUGAGCAGUUGCCGAAAGGCUGAAUUGGAAGCUUCAUGUCUGCAUGAACUUUCCUACUUUUUUAAUGUGUAUGAUGGACUUCAUUUUUCUUGAAUAUUAAAGUUUGCCAAUUGCUAUGAAACAA